AUGAAGCUCAACACAGUUCUUGCCUGGAGUGGCAUCUUCGCUUCCGCGCUAUCCGCUCCGGGAGCAGCUUUCUCCUCUACAGUCUUGACAACUACAACGUCCACCGUGACCACCGGCUCAGCCAGUACAGCAUACACAUUUUUAUCGGGCAAUCCUCCAUCAUCAACACCUUCUCCAACGGCAGCCGCUGCAAAGCAUAAGCGUGCAGAAGAGCACAAAGGUCACCCAACGGUUACUAGCACCAUCACUGAAUUUACCACCAUCGCGGCCCCUGCUACAACCAGCACUCUUUACCCCUGUGCCAGUCCCUUCCCAUCUCUGACACCCACAUUGCCAUACGGCGACGCCACGCUUCCAAGCAACUUUACAACCGAGAAUAGUCUUUUCUAUGUGUCGAGCACGACCGAGGGUGCCUCUGCCCAAGCCUGCUGCAAUGCGUGCUUCUUUGAGCUGGCCAAUUGUAUCCAGGCAUAUUGGUAUAGCUACGAAGGAUGUGUUGUGUCGCUGGCCACCAACUCUUCGCUCGCGGGAUCAGCGUCCGGGGAGCAAGUCAGCACGGCUUGUCCGGCAGGUAUCUUCAACGGAUUGACCUAUGAACAAGACACGGAUCCUGCAUUCAGAAGCACAGGAAACAUCGUGGGGCCCUGUGGUCAGACUUAUAACGAUCUUUGA